UCCUGGCAGCCAUCAUGAAGGGUACGGUCUCGAUCUGCUGCUUCAUCUCCCUGCUUCUUUUGCAGGCCACAGCAGAACAAGAAGAAGAAGAAGACUUCAUCUCCACCCUCAGAGACAGAUCUCAUAUUGACGAAACACUGCGGCUUGCAACAGACGAAAAAGCAGCAGACUAUGCAGCGGCAAUCCAGAAGUUGCGAAAGAUCUACCACACAUCCAUCAAACCAAUGGAGCAGGCCUACAAGUACAAUGAGCUGAGGCAACACGAGAUCUCAGCCUACCCUGGACGAACCCUAGGGGACUCUGCUACAGAUGGAGAGAUUACCUCCAAGCCCAUGGUGCUUUUCCUAGGACCAUGGAGUGUAGGAAAGUCCUCCAUGAUCAAUUACCUCCUGGGCUUAAAUGACAGCCCCUAUCAGCUCUACACAGGGGCUGAGCCUACUACCUCUGAGUUCACUGUAAUUAUGCAUGGGGAGAAGAUCCGUUCCGUUGAGGGUAUUGUUAUGGCAGCAGACAGCUCUCGUUCCUUUUCUCCCCUGGAAAAGUUUGGACAGAAUUUCCUGGAAAAGCUGAUAGGAAUUGAGAUGCCUCACAAGCUGCUGGAACGUGUGACCUUUGUAGAUACACCUGGAAUCAUUGAGAAUCGCAAGCAGCAGGAGCGAGGCUAUCCUUUCAAUGAUGUCUGCCAGUGGUUCAUUGACCGUGCUGACCUGAUUUUUGUGGUGUUUGACCCCACCAAACUGGAUGUCGGCCUGGAGCUGGAGAUGCUCUUCCGGCAGCUGAAGGGUCGUGAGUCUCAGAUCCGCAUCAUCUUAAACAAGGCUGACAAUCUGGCCACGCAGGAUUUAAUGAGAGUCUAUGGAGCACUCUUUUGGAGCUUGGCUCCGUUGAUCAACGUCACUGAACCCCCCCGUGUCUACGUCAGUUCAUUCUGGCCCUACGACUACGCACCUGAUACCAGCCGUGAGCUCUUCAAGCGGGAGGAGAUCUCCCUCCUGGAAGAUCUCAACCAGGUGAUUGAAAACCGCAUGGAGAACAAGAUCGCCUUCAUCCGUCAGCAUGGCAUCCGUGUGCGCAUCCACGGGCUGCUGGUGGACCGCUAUGUCCAAACCUUUAAAGAAAAGAUGAGCUUCUUCAGUGACCCUGAGCUAGUCUUCAAAGAGAUUGUGGAUGAUCCAGACAAGUUCUACAUUUUCAAAUCCAUCCUAGCCAAGACCAAUGUCAGCAAGUUUGAUUUACCCAACCGUGAUGCCUACCGAGACUUCUUUGGCAUCAACCCCAUCGCCAACUUCAAGCCCUUGUCAACUCAAUGCUCCUACAUGGGAGGCUGCCUGCUGGAUAAGAUUGAGAAGGCAAUCACCACUGAGCUGCCUGCUCUUCUGAGUAGCAUUAACUCUGGCAAGCAGCCUGGCUUGUCCUCCUGUGAGGCUACUGGCUGUGGUGAGAAGCCAAAGAAUCGCUAUCGAAAGAACUGAGGAAACAAAAAAAGCUUGAGUGGGGGAAGUGAGGAGAUAGAGGAGGUGAAGGAAGGGGCUCUGGUGGAAGCCAAGCCUGCUUUUGUCAGAAUGCCUGUAUUGUUGAGGAGACAGAGGAAUUGAUGAGAUUAGUGUUUGUUUUUUUCCUCAGGAGAAUAUACUACAUGGAGAUGCAUUUAGGUACUAUAGGAUUGAGACAGACAGCGGGAGGGAAGAGUCAUUGUACGAUAAGGCAGCUUAAGGACACAAGUGCUGAAGAAAUGAGCAUACCACUGAUCACUGAGCUACUUCUUUUUUCUCUCUCUUGGACAAUCACAGAGGACUGUUUGGGAUUUUGGGAUGGGGAAGGGUUGAUGUAAAGAAAAACAAAAAUGGAAAAAUAUCAAUAAGAUCAAAUAAAAAUUGAAAAUCCUGAGACUGAUACCAGUCCGAAACCAGCUCCCUUGUAUGUGAAUGAAACAGGAAACAGGAGUUGCAAAUUUUUUGUUGUAAAAUUUUAAGAACUGCAUUAUCAGGUCAAUUCCAUUUGCUUCAGACUCCGUUUUCCAAGUAGUGUAUUUGUGGGUGUUACACAAAGUCUUUGUCAUCCAAACUUUUGCUUUUGAUGUAGAUUAACGUUAACUUUGCAUGUUAGAUGUAACAUCAUGUUAUUUAACAGAUGAGUUUUGGUGCAUGUAUUUUCCUUCUAACAAACUCAAUGUUACAUUUCCUGAACCAACCCUGUCAUGCAAAAUAUGAGGCCUUAUUUUCUAAGUUUUAUAUGCUCAUUAGUCUUGGUUGUUGACAACCUAUGGAGUGAGCACUGUGACUGAAGCAGAGGUCAGGGUUCAAGGAUCAGAGUCUUCUGCGUGGGUUGGGUAUGUUCAUUCUGCUUCACCUCUUAACUGUUCUUACUUGUGUUUGUUUGAGUCUAUAAAUUUGCCAGUUUGGCACAAAUCCAAUACUGUGUUAUGAUUGUUUUUCCAACAGCGAUAAGCUUCCCAGCUUUUUUUAGCUGACUGACCAUAAAAAUAACACAUGUAAGGAUGUGUUAGAAUUAUAGCUGUUUCAUUCAUUUAUUCUGCAAAUAAGCACGCUUUUCAUUUUCUGUAUAAAUUUCUCAAAUGGGCAUUGGAGUUAACUGUGUAUAUGUAUUGAAAAUCCUGCUGAGCCAUUUUACAAACCUUCAAAAUCAUAAUUAGGCAUUAAUGAAAAUGUAUUUGUGAGCUGACUCCCAGUUUUCUUGAAUUGCAAAAAGAGGCUUAAAAAUAAUGAAGUGGAGGACUGAUGAGUUGACCCCUGACCUCUGUGGAAAGAAGAAAGCUCCAAAAUAAUGACUCCAUCACCCAGGCACAGCUCAAGUAGUUUGGAGAAAUAUAUGUAUAUGCUAUAACUUCAAGUUCUUAUGUAAACCUACCUCAAUAAAUUUCCCAGGAGUGCGGCAUGAGGAUAUUUAUAAAAUACAGUGAGACGUUAAUCCUAGAGAACAGGUAGGUAGUAAUUAAUAGAAUUGCAAAAAAA